GGCAGUGGGACAGGAAGUAGGCCCUGGAGAAGAGGUUUUCCUGGUCGAACCGGUCCAGAGACAGCGCGGGAUAUUCCUUCAUCCGUCCUGCGAACGAGCUCAUGGUUACAACGAACUGUUACGUCAUUUCCGCUCAGAUUAGAGACAGAAACGUUGUUUUGAUAACAUCUCAACCGAAGGUCCCGCCCUCUGAGUUGAGCUUCUUCUUCGUCACCUUCUCCUCCCUGCAGCUCAGACAACCGGCGCCCUCUAGCGUCGGCGCAUGCUGCGCGGCUCCUCGCUCCGUGUUAAUCACAGACUCUUUACAAAAACACGUUUCUCAUUUAUUUUACAUUUGACGAGAUAAAAAACAAACCAAACUUUUUUUAUUUCACCACAAACACCACAUCUGCAGGAAUCUCGUCCUCCAGCGUCGAAGAAGAAAGUCCACGGUAACCAGGCAACCGGCAGAAGCGACAGGACGUAACCGCCAACAACAGGAAAUCAUUUUAUUGUCUUAAAAAACCACGGAAGAAGAAACUACGACAUGUCCUGCGCUGCUGAAGACGCCUCCGAGCCCAAGUCCAUGAGCAGAGCCAGAGAAUGGACAGCGGAGGUGGAGAACCUGUUCAGAUUCCAGCUGGCAGGAUACAGAGAUGAAGUGGAGUAUUCACACGUCAAACAAGGGGCUGCGGUCGACAAAUGGCCGCAGUCCGGCUUCGUGAAGAAGCUCCAGCGCCGAGACGACACGUUUUAUUACUACAGCAGGAAACGUGAAUGUCAGGACCGAGAAGUCCGUAAAGUCAAAGUCUUCACAUAUUAAUUCCAUCCUCUGAGGAUCUAUCGUCUGCAUACGUAAAGAUGGACGUCAUAGCGGCUCCCAAAAGUGAAGCCAAAACAUCUUGGUCGCCCCCUGGUGGCAGCCUGCAGAACCGGUCUGUUAAACGAACUUUUCUCAGAGAUGGUGUCGGUCAUUUCAUCGCACUGAUCGCAGAAUAAAAAGGUUUCACAUGCACCAACA